AUGUCUCAUGGUUACGCACAAUUAUUUUUCAAAUUGAAGCUUGAGGAAGAUGUUAUGUUCAAUUAUUUGAGUUGUGGUCAUACUAUCAGUCCCCAAUGGGUGUCCCUGAAACCAUACACUACUCUCAGAUCAUUGAAGGAGUCCGAAGUAACAAAUGAAGAAGACCAUGCUCAAGAAAACCAAGGAUACAUAGAUGAAGAGGAAAGGGGAUAUUCAAUGCGACUACUACAAGCAGACCAAGAAUCAUACCAAGAGCAUCUAAGUCAAUUAAACGGUCUAAAAAUCAAGAUACAGCAGGAUCAAACGAAGGCAUACACAAGACUGGUGAAACGGUAUAGAAAAAAUGAAAGGCAUUGGAUCCGACUAUAUCACGACAAAAAGAAGCAAGAAGAUAUGGAGCAGGCAAGACAAAUGGAAAAGGAAAGAAAGCACUUGGAACAGAAACGACAGUUGAAACAAACAGUAAAAUAUUUCAGGAAGAAGGUAUCACGUAAAAUAAUGUGGAGCAAGAUGCAAGUCAGAGGAAUACUUGCCACGAGAAGGAAAGAGUUCAGUAAAGAUAAGAAAAUGGAGAGCCAGCAAACGGUUCUAGAGCGCCAGAGUACACCAAUCUUACUUCAAAAAGAGGUUGAUCCAUUUACAAACAGAACAGACCCUCAUCAAGAGUAUGUAUCCACAUGGGAGAGCUUGCACAGGAUACUAAAUCUCGAAAAGCUAACAUCGUCUUUGAUUUGCCGUUUCAAGAAGCCUGCCAUCAUAUCUACUCAUUCUUCUCCUAACCAUCAUCCAUUCACAAAAGGCAGUAUAUCAAAACUUGGCGGUGUUCUAUUGCAAAUAAACUAUCAACGACGGUUACAUAUCAGAUGGGAGAGGACCAAAUGUCACCUAAGAUUUCAGAUCAAGCUCAUUUACAAUGUAGCCCAAUUGCUAGCAUUCGAAUAUCGGUUGUGUAAAGUUUAUUUGGUGAGAAAAUGUCCUGUUUUGCAAGACUGGACAAGCAGAUUGUGGUUUGCGGUGACUAAAUUUAAAAUGAGAAUAAAUAGGGGCAUACUUAGCAGUCUUAAUGAGACUUUGGAGAUGCACGAGUAUGAAGAUACGGAUCCCACACACCUCACAACACCCAACACUGACCAUUUCAUGCAGAUCCAUCAAGCAUUUCUCAACUUUGAAAUGUAUAAACUUUAUCUACUUUGUCAAUGUCGUAUACAAUUUACACUAUUAACCAUCUAA